AAACCCUAAAUUCACAUACCACUCCGGAGAAUUUAUGAACCGGAGUUUGUAUUUUUCUCUGUAAUUCUAGAUUUUUUUUUCUGAAUAUUUUCUGUUCAUUUCCAAGCUUUCUGUGUUCUACGCAAUGGUGCAGAUUUGAGCUUACAGCACUGCGAUUUUCUCGGAGGCCAAGCUCAAACUGCUCCAAUUUCGUUUCUGGGAUUGUUUUCGCCAUUUCAUACAGCAAUUUUUUUGUGCCUUAAAGUUUUCUGUGAGAUUGUAAAUUUCCCGUUACCCAAAUCUGAUUUCUCUUAAAUAAGUUAGCAUUUACCCCCUUUGAGAAUUUCAUUUUUUUUUUUGUGAUUUUUUGGCUGAUUGGGCGUGGAAGAGUUUGAAUCUUCAAUGGUCAGGGUUUAAGUAAAGUUUUAAGGUUUUUAGGUGUCUUGGUUUUUCUCUGAUUUGCAUAAAAAUGGAGGGAAGAGAGAGUUUUGGUGUUGUGGUGGGUGAUGAAGCCCCCGAGAGCUUCCAUGUUGCUCCUAGAAUAAUUGAGAACAACUUGGACUUUUCAAGGGCCAUCGUGCCUGCGCCGUCGACGGAGGGUAAAAAGAAGAGAGGGAGACCGAGGAAGUAUGGGCCGGACGGGAAGGUGGCUGUGGGGGCGGUGACGGCGCUUUCGCCGAUGCCGAUUUCAUCGUCGAUUCCGUUGACCGGCGAGUUCUCCGCUUGGAAGAGGGGUAGAGGAAGGCCUGUUGAAUCUAUCAAAAAGUCAUCGUUCAAGUUUGAGGUUGAAAGCCCUGUUCAAGGUGAUGGAAUAUCAUACUCCGUUGGUGCCAAUUUCACACCACAUGUUCUCACAGUAAAUUCUGGCGAGGAUGUCACUAUGAAAAUCAUGUCCUUCUCACAACAAGGAUCACGUGCUAUAUGCAUUCUCUCUGCAACUGGGACAAUUUCAAAUGUUACACUUCGUCAACCAUCUUCUUGUGGAGGUACUUUAACAUAUGAGGGACGGUUUGAAAUUCUUUCCUUGUCUGGUUCCUUUAUGCCAACUGAGAAUGGAGUUACAAGAAGCAGAUCUGGUGGCAUGAGUGUCUCUUUGGCCGGUCCAGAUGGUAGAGUAAUGGGGGGUGGGCUUGCUGGUUUGCUGGUAGCCGCUGGUCCAGUUCAGGUUGUUGUUGGCAGUUUUCUUCCUGGUCACCAGUUGGAGCAUAAAAACAAGAAGCAAAGGGUGGAGCAUAUAUCAACUAUUACCCCUUCUCCUGUUAAUAUCAUCUCUAGUGAGGAACUAAAAGUCAGUUUCGGUGGAGUAAAGCCUAUUAUGACACCUGCUGCUUUUCAAGAAGAGAAUAUUGUUUCUUUUAACAAUGGUCAAGACUCUAGGAACUCAGCUCCUGAUGAUAGAGAUCCUUUACCCGACAAGGAGUCUAAUAUAAGCCAAUCAAACGCUGAGGCUGCAUGCUAAACAUUCCCUGUGAAUUAUUUGAUAUCAUGCAGAGUCAACUCUUUUAGGCUCCUCACUCAUGCUUGACUGACUGCUGACAGUUAACUUACAAGACAACUCUGAUGGUCAGAUGGGUGUCACGCGAUGGUUUUGACUCAAAAGUUGCACUCUUUUGUAUUAGGUGUUAGUUGGCAAAUCUGUUUGUUAGGUUUCCACUUGUCAUUUCUCCAGAUGUAUCUUUAGUAUUGUUUACUCAUUGGUGUAGCAAUUAGAUAUAGGGUAUAUGUUGUGCCAUUUCCCCCCUUAUUUAUAUUCUAUAUGGAUGUUAAAAAUGUGAGUGGAUGAGUGUUUCUGAACUGUAACUCUAUUAUUUGUUGUGAAAGAAAUUGCAUAUCAACUUCCUAGGCUUA